AUGAGCUUUUCGACCGAUGAUUGCCGAGGAAUAACAUAUGACCACGAAGACCCGCUCGUGGUAUCAGUAGACAUAGCCAAUCACACUGUCCACAGGGUUCUGGUCGACGGAGGGAGCUCGGCCAGUAUACUCUUCAGAUGCGCAUUCGACAAGCUUAAAAUUGAUCCCAGACAAUUAGCCAAGGUCAACUUCCUUGCUAUCAACUUCAAUGGUUCAUCUGUCGUCCCUGACGGAAAGAUAACACUCCCCGCAACCAUCGGAAGACGGCAGACCGCAAGAAAUAACUUAACCGAAUUCUUAGUAGUCGACAUGCCGACAGUCUACUACGUCAUAAUGGAGAGACCAUUGAUCCACAAGGUCAAGGGCGUAGCAUCAACCUACCACCAGAUGAUGUUAUAUGUAUCCGACGCUGGCACACCUGAAAAACUACGGGGAAACCAAGAGUCAGCUCGCCAAUGCGAUUACAACGCAGUCAAAACCCGAAACCGCCGAGAUUUUGACACAGAGGAGGACUCUCCUGAAGAAGAGUCCGACCUUCAGGAAGCUUAUGGAGGAACCAAAAGAAAAUCAGCCGACGUUGAAUCAAACAGAUCCACCCUGAUGACGGAUAUUGAGGGCAGACCUGACAAUGGGGAGACCCAGACAAACACCGAGAUGGAGGACAUCUCCCUUGAAGAAGGAGGAGACCCGCCGGGCAUUAGAAUAGGUACAGACCUGGGGUCAGAUCUAAAAAUCAUGAUUGUCAACCUACUGAGAGACUACAAAGACAUCUUCGCGUUCUCGGCGGAAGACAUGCCAGGGAUCGAUCCCAAAACAGUCACCCACAAGCUGAACGUCCUAAAGGGAUCAAAACCCAUCAAACAAAGGCUACGAAACUACUCGGCAGAGAAGAGUAAUGCAGUGGCAGAGGAGGUCAAGAAGCUGAAAGAUGCAGGUUUUAUAGAGCCUUGCAAAUACCCAGAAUGGCUCGCAAACAUAGUCAUGGAAAAGAAUCCCAACGGAUCCUGGAGGAUGUGUGUGGACUUCACUAACAUCAAUCAGGCAUGCCCAAAAGACUGCUACCCUCUCCCUCGAAUAGAUCAACUCGUAGACUCCACUAGUGGUCACGCCCUUCUGAGCUUCAUGGAUGCUUUCUCUGGAUACCACCAGAUAUUCAUGGACAGCAAUGAUAGAGCAAAAACAACAUUCAUAACCAGUGGAGGGGUAUACAACUACAUCAUGAUGCCGCUUGGUCUGAAAAAUGCGGGAGCAACUUACCAAAGGCUAGUAGACCAUGUCUUCGCAGAUCAGAAAGGAAGGAAUGUUGAGGUAUACGUAGACGAUUCGAUCGUCAAGAGCAAAAAAAGAUGA